AUGUCAGCUGCUGCUUCUUUGGAGGCAGUCACGGUUGCUAUGGUAACAGAGUCGGUAUACAAAUAUAGUACGCAGACGCAACUUGUUAAUAUACGUUUGUGCGUAUGGCAUUGUUCAGUGUGUAUAGGACGAACGACAGACGCUGCGGUGACGGCAUGGAGAAAACGAUGUGGGAAGAUAAAGAAGUUAAAUUUGAUCUGCCUUUAAAAUGAAAAGCUGUAGAAUGUGCUACUAGCAUAAAUGUUCAUAGCCUCAUGUGAGGUGAUGCCACAUUGGGUGACUUAAGUGUCUGUGAGGAUGAGGGAUGAUGAGGACAGCACAACACCCAGUCCACGAGUGGAGAAAAUUCCAAACCCAGUCGGGAAUCAAACCCGGGCCUGCUGCAUGCAAGUUGAAGAUGCGACCAGGAGAGAAAGUGUUAGACAAGCUAGAUUCUAUUGAGGACACUAAAGGAAAUGAUGGUGAUAUUGGUCGUUUAAUAGUGACAAACUUAAGGAUAAUAUGGCACUCACUUUCAACACCACAUUUCAACCUAUCGAUAGGUUACAACUGUGUAGUCACAGUCACAACAAGGAUGGUGAAUUCAAAACUUCGAGGUACAACAGAGGCGCUUCAUAUCCUCACAAAAUCAAACAAUGUCCGAUUUGAAUUUAUAUUUACAAACCUCAUUUUAGGGAAUGCUCGACACAUUACAUCAAUUAUGGGUGUCUUUAAAGCUUAUACAUCAUCAAGAAUGUACCGUGAACUCAAGUUGAGGGGUGCCAUCAUUUAUAAUAAACAACUCAAGCUUCUUCCACUAGAGCAAGUUGUAACAACUGUGAAUGGAGUAUGGAAUCUGUCAAGUGAUCAGGGAAACCUUGGCACAUUUGUUAUAACAAAUGUUCGUCUUGUAUGGUUUGCUGAUAUGAAUGAAAAUUUCAAUAUUUCCCUGCCAUACCUUCAGAUAGCAAAAAUAAAUAUCAGACAGUCAAAAUUUGGAACAGCUUUGGUUGUAGAAAGUGCAGAAUCUAGUGGAGGAUAUGUGCUCGGUUUCCGAAUAGAUCCUGCAGAGAAACGACAGACUGUGUACAAGGAACUGUGUUCGCUGCACAAGGUUUACAGUCAGAAUCCAGUAUUUGGCGUUCAGUAUACAGUUGGCCAACAGACCCAGUACCAAGAAGAGAGCUCCAUGUUUGCUGAUGAUACACAGGAAAUCGUUGAGUCAAGUGAUGAAAUGUCCAAUGUUUUCCUUACUUACUUUGCUGAUGAAAACCAUGAAGACAGGGAACCAGUUUAUAAUCAAGAACUUGGACUGGCUAUUGAAGCUCUGAAACCUGGAACUACAUUGCAGAAUCUGUGGGAAGUUAUACCUUCUUCAUAGUGCUGUACCCUAUCAACUUACAAUGUAAGAUAGAACAUAAGUCAUGUUUACAGAAUGACAUUCAUUUAACUGUUUCAAAAGAGAUGUCAAAUUGUACCUGUUGAAAUUUUUU